AUGAUCAACGUCGCCCAGAUCACAGCUUCGGCCAUUGGCCUGGAGUUUGGUGUUUCGAAGUGCGCCACGCUUCAUGUACACCGGGGAGUGCUUGAGUCAAGUGAUGCGGAGCCUGUCGAUACACUGUUGGGUAUGGCUUUACCCACCCUGCAAGAAGAUAACAUGUACAAAUACCUCAAAUUCCUUGAAUCGGCUGCGCUGCCGCAUGGUGAGAUAAAGAGCAAGCUUCGUGAGGAUUAUGGAAAGCGAUUAGAUGCGAUCUUCAAGUCUGGAUUAACGGCUGGAUAUUUAGCAAAGGCAGUAAACACAUACGCGAUGCCACUGCUCACCUACAGCUUUGGCAUCAUCAACUGGCGACCUGUAGAAUUGGAGCAGCUGGAUAUCUUGCUCAGGAAGAAGCUCACCAAGAAGGGAUGGCAUCACCCUCGGGCUUACAGAGAGAGGGUGCAUUUGGUGCGCGCCGAAGGCGGCGGUGGAUUCCAAAGUGUGGUAGAUCUACAUGAACGAUCCCUCAUCCAGAUCAAUAAAUACAUCGAAGGCCACCAAGACCACAUUGCCAUUGCUCUCCUAAAACAGUACCAUCAUGAAAAAGCAAAAUACUCUGUCUCCAGUGAUGCUGCGAAAUAUUUGGCAAAGAUUGGUAUGGAGGAGUCAGCCACAAAGGAGCAAAUACGCCAGGGAUACCAGCGGCAUCGGGAGGAGACAAUCAGAAAGAAGCCUCUGCAUGGCCAAUUUUGGCUUAUGCUGCAGGAUGCUGAGCUGGAUCGAGGGCUCUCCUUUGCGUGGUUGCGGUCUUCCGCUUUGCGUCCGGCGACAGAGAGUAUUGUCAUGGCCAUACAGGACCAGGCUAUCCCAACACGGAACUUACAAGAGAUAUUUAAUCGAGGAACAGGUGUGUCAACGAAAACGAGUUGCAGGAUGUGUGGCAGGGACAAGGAAACGGUUUUCCACCUUAUUGGAGCGUGUACAGCAUGUGCGGGGAGUCACUAUAUCAAUCGCCACAACAGGUUAGCAAAAUAUCUCCACUGGACAUUGUGCAGGAAGUAUGGUGCAUCGGACAUUUCGAAUAAGUACACAAGUCACCAACUCACCAACGUCGUGUACAGUGCUGAAACGGAUGUGUCAAUCUACUGGGAAGUGCCAAUUCCAACAGCAGCGCCCGUUGGAGCAAACAGACCCGACAUUAUUAUCAAGGGCAAAGAUGAAGCGUUCCUUGUGGACGUAAGUGUCCCUCUGGAUAGGAACAUCCGCCGAAAAUCUGUGGAAAAGAUACAGAAAUAUCAAGGCCUAAAGCGUGAGAUGGAGCAGAUGUGGCAGGUGCGGGCCAAGAUCGUGCCAGUAAUUGUGGGGGCAUUAGGUGGAUUAACCCCCUCGACUGCUGACUUUGUGAGGGAACUGGAUGCCGGAGCCAGUGUAUCGAUCUUGCAAAAGGAGGCGCUCCUUGGCACAGUUGACAUCAUCAGGUCAAUAACUCAGAUGAAAUAA